GAUGCGUUUUUUCUUGGAAAGAGGGGGAGAUUUUCAGAGGGCCGAUGCUUUUGGAGUGACCCCUCUUCAUGUAGCCGCAGCUCUGGAUUAUAAGGAGAUGCUGCAGUUCCUGUUAGAAAGAGGAGCUGACAUUGAAGCUCGCACGUAUAAAGACAAGCAGACCCCGCUGCACUUUGCUGCUAAGAAUGACGCUGUCAGGGCAGUGAGGAUGUUACUGCGGAACGGGGCGGACAUCGCUGUACGAGACUAUAAAGAGAGAACACCUCUACAGCUGGCUGCUAACUUCGAUCGGAGUGAGACAGCACGUUUGCUGCUGGGGUUUGGAGCUGAUGCUGGGGUGCAGGACUCUGAUGGACAGCUCUGCAUUACUGCCAUGAUUACAAAAAUGACCCCUGUGGCUGAUCUGGCAAUGAAUCAGUUUCAUAUGAAAGACCGAAUGGCCCGACAGCAGUUCUACUACCUUCAUCUCAUGGAGCCAAAACCUGCUGACAGGACAAACCCAAAAGGUUCUGAUCCAUCAUCACCGCUGGAGUUUAUUGUCAAUCAUUGUAAACUGGAUCUCAUCAUGCACCCUGUAGUGCUCAAACUCAUCACUGUCAAAUGGAACUUAUAUGGCAGAUCGGGCGCCUGGAUACUUCUGCUUCUCAACUUCUUAUUUAUCGUGUCCUGGACAACAGUAGCCAUAUCUGUUUCGGUGCGUCCAGAUGGAGAUAGGUACAAUCUUCCUCAGGACUGGUGGCGUGUGUUGUUGGUGGUUUUGGCUCUAUUUCUGACCGUGACAGAGGUGUACAGGGAAGUGAUGGAGAUUAUGCGAUCUAGGAGGAAACUGAAGCACUGGCAGAGCUGGACUGUGCAGAAAAUCAAUGAGGACUUGAGCUGCUCUCACCCUAUGUGGCCUGAGGAACGCAAUUACUUGGAAGGCCAAAUAAAGUAUAUUCGAAACCUGAAAGGAACCUACUCUCAGGACCUCUGGAAUAUCUUUGAUUGGCUGGUCUAUUCGCUGCUGCUGGCAGUUCUGGGCAUCCACUUGGCAAAUAUAUUCCUAGUGUCUGACUCACUUCGACAGAACAGUCUUCGCCUCUUUGCAGUGUCCAUUAUUUUCUUGUGGUUAAGGCUGAUGAAGCAUGUCCGAGCCUUUAGGGUGAUGGGGCCCUUCAUUGUCAUGCUGGGGAAGAUUGCAGGAGACGUGCUUCGUUUCCUUUUUCUCUAUAUAGAGAUCUUCAUUCCAUAUGCCUGUGCUUUCUGGAUCAUAUUUGGAGGUUUAGCUGAGGUGCCAAGUAUGGAGACGGUUCCUGAGCUGCUGUACAGCCUGUACCGUAUCACCCUGGUGGACGAGUAUGAGUUUGAUGCCAUGCUGGAUGUGGAUGCAGUGAUGGCCUACCUGCUCUGUGGAACAUUUCUGGCCCUCUCUGCUAUUCUCUGUGUUAAUUUACUGAUUGCUCUGCUUUCUGACACCUUCCAAAGGGUCUAUGACAAUGCACUGGCCAAUGCGGUGAUGCAACAAGCUGCUAUCAUUCUGCAAAUAGAGGAAUCCAUGCCUUGUCUGAGACGUUGCUAUGACAACGAGUACAUCCACCAGCAUUGUGCCCCGCUUGGAGAAUUCUAUGAUGACGAUGUCACCACUAACCCAGAACAACAUGCGGAGAUGAAGAAGCUCACAGAACAGAUCAAGGAUACUUUAGAUACAUAUCUGAACAUCCAAAGAGAGACACUCUCACCUCAUUCAGCCUAUGCAGGUGCCAGAGAAGAAGAUACCACAAGGAGAAGCGCUGCACUUCCAGAGAAAGAAGAACAUCUCAAGACUCUUGUGAAAGACCAGCAGAAGCACAGUCAGGACCUGAGUGAGCUGAAGGCUGAAGUGAAGGAACUCCACAGUUUGCUGCUCAAUCUGAUACAGUCCAAGACAUCUACUGAUGAUGGCAAGAAACCCUCAGUGACAAAGCAACCUACAGUGGACAGUAAAAACUCUGAAACUAAUAAAUGAACUACAGAAAUCAACAUUUAAUCCACGACUUGGAAAGGACUUCAUAAUUUUGCAACCUACACUUAUUGUUAUGCAUUGUACCAAGUUACUGUAACACUAUUUGAAUCUUUGUAUAUUAG